GCUAUUUACCAAGAAAUCAUCACAAAAGACAUUUAAUCAAGAAAACUAUGUGCUUUUUAUUUCAUGAUAUUAAAAUAUGAUUCUUGUGAGUGUGUGUGUGUGUGCAUGCGUGCAAACAUGUGUGGGCACACUCUGCAUGUUUUUCCCUUUUCUAAAUUAAGAAUUGUUGUGUGCGUGUGAGCCUAUGCUGAUGUGCUUACACAGAGCCUUCAUCCACCAGGCUUUUAUAUUUUUCAUUUUUUUCACAUUUCAAGAGAUUCUUUUGAGAAUAAUCCAGAUCUUUCCCAAAUGCUUUGAUCAAGCAAUUUAUUCAAUGGCAACCCAAAGGAUCUGUUUAUUUUUACUAUGAACACAAGACAUAUGAUGUUAGUGUUUUCCCACAAAGGAUUAAUCUCUUCACGACUACCAUCAGGUAGUUCUUUUUGGCCAUAUUUCUGAAAAAACUAAACGUUGAAAAAUCACAAUGCUCCCUAAAAUUGAGUAAAAUGCACAUUUGGAUAUAUUAAAUUAUAGUAUGAGAAACUAUACUGACAAAAAGUAAAAUCAACAUCACUUUAUUGAGUUUAUCCAUCUAAUCAUCACUAUCCUCAUUGAGAUAAACAGGUACAUUGUCAGGAUCAUCUGACUAUCUAAAUGACAGCCAUUACAUAGUUAUGACAGUUCAAGUAAAUAUGUCAGGAGUCUGGAUAACAUAUCUAUUAAUUUUAUCUUGAACAGAGGCCAUUUCUGAUAUAAUAUAAGAUCUAUGGUCUCUGUUGUCUGUGUUGUAUGGAUAUGUUACAACCCAUUCAGAUUUUGAUACCUAUACCUUGUAUACUUAUUUAUAUUCUGAACAGUUUAGGUACGUUGGGAUUUAAUAUUUGGAACAUGUGUACGAACGCACGUUCGGUGUUGUAUUGGAAGCAGCUGAUCACACAACUCAGCAUCACGCGAGAGUGGGAGGGUCGACUUGAUCUAUUUUUAGAAAGGCACGUGUCCAAUGACGCCAUUGGUAAUAUAAUCUAUAUUUAGACGGCUCUUCCAUAAAUACAGUUGUAACGUUUACAGUCACAAUAGUACACAUUACGACAAAUUGUGUAAGGAUACCACAACGGAACUGCUAUGUAUUUGUGUUGAGAGAAGACAGAUGCCUAUAACAUUGACUGACAGUAUUUGAAACUAAGAGUAACAGAAAACCCGGAUCGAAAUAACGCAAUGACAAAGGGGGUCGGUUCAUUUGACGGAAGACCGGGAAAUACCCAAACAUCAGGCGCGAAGCAAGAUGUCUUCCAUGGGAUCAAUGUUUCUGCGUUCAAAAAUUGAAGCAGAUCACUUGACAUGUUCGAUAUGUUUCAACAAUUUCACCCGACCGAAAGCAUUACCAUGUAUCCAUACUUUCUGCGAAGACUGCCUGCGUGAUUAUGUGGUAAGUCGAGGCUAUGAAUCGAUCGGACGUUUUCCCUGCCCGAUGUGUCGAAAGGACGUCCAGAUGCCUGCAGGGGGAGUCCAAUGUUUUCCGGACAAUCACUUGGUUACCAGCCUGUCUGAUACCGUAGUGACUUCAAAACAACGCCCUCCUUUGCCUCCUGGACCUUAUGUUGACAAUGCCAACAACAACUUUCCGACGACGACAACAGCCGGGGUGGAUCCAGCGCCCCGGAUGCCCGAAUACCCACCCACACAGUCCAACAUGUAUCCCCAGUUGCCGAGACUGGAAGAUAUGCCGAAACCAGAAAUGCCUCGACCCAAGCCUGUUGCCUGUAGUAGUGGACUUAUACAGAGAUUUGGGAAAUAUGGACCCGGCCUGGUUGAUUUUCACAAACCAGUUGGACUAGCAAUAGGAAGGAAUGGUGAGAUUGUUGUGUCAGAUCAUGGAGGGUAUAGGAUUCUUAUUUUUAACAGUGGAGGAGAACUUGUGAAGAAGUUUGGCUGUGAGUGUAUCAUAAAUGAUGUGGCAGUCACGAAAGAAAACACCAUCCUCGUCAGUGUCAAGUCAAAGUCUUCCAUCAUGAGAAAGUACACAAUGGAUGGACGUUUUCUCGGUGAAUAUGGCGCCCACUACCGCUAUGAGGACGCUCAUGGAAUUGCGGCAAUGUCAACAGGUCAUGUUGUAGUGUCUGGUCUCCAGAACAAGUGUGUUUAUAUCUUCACAGAGCAGUACAAGUUUUCUGACAAGUUUGGCCGCAAGGGGUCAGGGGACGAACAUUUCCUCACCCCCUACUACGUAGGGACCAACUGCAAGAACAACAUCGUGGUGACAGACAGCGAGAACCAUUGUGUCCAAGUCUACAGCAACACUGGAAAGUUUAAGUACAGGUUCGGUGGCAAGGGGAGUGACCAUGGCCAGCUUCAGAACCCUCUUGGUGUGUGUAGCGAUUGCGAAAACAAUAUCAUUGUAGCUGACAGUGGCAAUCAUCGUGUUGAAAUGUUCACAUCCAAAGGGAAACACAUUGAAUGUGUUGUGAGGAAUACGCAGGAUAUUGGCCCUGGUGUCACACCUACCCUUGUUGGGGUGACUUCAAGAAACAACAUUGUGGUUCUCUUGCGAGGUGUCCAGUUUGUUGAGGUCAGGAUCUACAUGUGCACAAGCUCCUCCAUGUCCCAGACAAGUUCCUGUAUCAACUAACUGCAGGGUUUCACCGAUCCAAGAAAACGUCAAUCAGGAAGAGUAAUAUAGAGUUCUGGUGGUCUAUUUGGCAAGUGGAAAAUCACCAUCUCUGUUGUUUUCUUUACCUUUAAUAGAAUGAAGGUCAGACACUGGAGAAAUAUUUGUGAUAUGAAACUGUUAAAAGAUAGUGAUAUUGUGUAAAAGUUGUACAAAUUCUGUUGGAAACUUUUGAUAGGUAAUGGUCCUGUUGGCACCCUGGAAAUGUCGAACUGUGAACUAUGGACUUCUUUCAUGUACUGGUGUGCAAUACUACUAGUAGAUGAAACAUGUUCCUUCUCCGUCCCAUUAUCCCUGUAUAUACCAGUGCGCCAUUGAAUAGACUCCCAUGCGCUACGUAUCUCAUUGGUUAUCUUAUAUAGCAUGUUUACAGUUCUUAAAUGCUCAUUGGUGAAGAAGGAGCAACUGGAGCAUCUGUGAGGCAAAAUGACAAAGCUUGGUUUCAGAAGCAUCUGUUAUACAAUUGUAUGGCUAUCUUCAAGAAUGCAAUUUGUGUAAGUAUGGGAUAGUUCACCUGUAUCCCAUGCAAUCUAUCUGCCUAUAUUCCUUGUUUUCUAUCAUGAUACUAGUCAUUUUGUAUCUGCACAUGAAUAUUUGCCUAGUAAUCUGAUAAUGUGGUAAUUUUGCUUAAUUAUCCACACAAUGUGGGCUGCAUGUAAGGGACUCACAGUUUACAUAGA